CCGAUUUCAUUUAUCGGUCUAAACAGUGUACCUUAACGGUCAGCUAAUCUACCACCAUGAGAGUUCUGGUCUGCUUGAUGCUGGUCUCGGUGGCCUUCGCCGUCGAAGACAAAGCCGUGAAGAAGCGGGGCCUCGGAUUCGACCUGGGCUACGGAGGAUGGGACGCCGGCUACGGAUACGGAGGAUACGGUGGAUAUGGACACGGACACGGUCACGUCCAGACGGUUGCCAUCCAAAAGACUGUCGCCGUUCCGGUCGCUCAUCCCUACCCCGUCGACAGGCCCUAUCCUGUCCCUGUCAAGGUACCAGUCGCCCACCCUGUGCCUGUACCUGUACCGGCCCCCUACCCAGUGGUCCACACCAAAACCGUCACCGUUCCUGUCGACAGGCCUUACCCAGUCCCCGUAAAGGUAGCCGUCCCAGCCCCUUACCCCGUCAAGGUGGCAGUACCGGCUCCCUACCCCGUCAAGGUGCCAUCCCCAGUUCCCGUCGCCGUCCCGCACCCAGUUCCCGUCUACGUCAAACAGACAGUCCCGGUCUAUGUUGGACACGGAGGCCAUGGUGGUUAUGGUGGGGCCUACGAGGGAUAUGGCCAUGGCUGGUAGGAGGGAACAGGACGACAGUCCGAAACACCGUUAUCACCAAUGAAAACUUUGUCGCUAACAGAAGCGUAGAGAUCACUGUAGCCUGUUCGCCAAAAUCGUAUACCAUAACGCGAAAGAGUUCGCGUGAUGAAUCAAUUUUUUAAUGUUUUAUUGAAAGGAAUAAAAUUUUUAUAAAUAACUACCAAAAAACUAUGAUGCCUGUUACUGUCGUCGAUUUCAUCAUCGCCAUUCCCGGGGUUCCGUUCUCUGGGUUACGAUUUUCACAGCGAACUGUUUUGCUUUGAGUAAAAUGAAACUGGGAGAAUCGGGUAUGAGUAAGAAAAAGCAGCUAUUCUAACUCAUAAACAAUCGUAAGUGUCGUUGUUUCGAAAGUACAGAGGUGUGACCUCCUAUAAUAACGCGCCGUACUAAUUAUGUGCAAAUGAAAGAUUUCGACACAUCCUCGCACAGAGGACACGGUUAGAUCACCUAUCAGAUGUUGCGUUGCGUUGCCCCGACCUCCUCUUACGAAAUUAGAACUUGCCCCUGAUCCUUGCCAAUACCAUCAACAC